UCAGAAAGUACAAGACUCCUGUACCGUCCAUCGGGCUAGAGGAAAAAAAUCUGGAUUCGCCGCUUCUCUCAGUCUUCCGUCUAGAUUCCGAAUUUGCCAUCGAUAAAAAUGAACUGGCGCCAUUAAUUUUAGACAGAAAUUGCUUCUGCGGGCCUCCUCUUGGUGUGCAUGGAACCGACCGACCGACCCACCCACCCACCAACCCCCGAGGGUCGUCCGCUGAAGCGAGCGGACGCCGAUGACGGUUGAAAUACAAUCUGUCAAGUACUAUCGUGUCGGCGCCACGUGAUUAGCACCAUCAUAGCUUAUCACCACUGUGGUGACCACCUGUAUCUCAAUCACGGAUAUCGUGUGACGUGCGCCUCCUCCUGCCUCCGCCACGUGUCACCUCCACGUCACUGACGUGACACAUGAGCGCACCGUCGCGUGGUCACCAGCUCAGAACGGUUCUGGGCUGAAAUCGUGGAAAGGUAGUGGGCCCGUCUCGACCUGGCCGAGAAAUCCAGCCGUCCACAUUUUGUGGUCUCCGACCAUGGCGAAGACCUCGAACGAGAGCGGUUCCUUAGCUCUCACGGUCCACGCGCUUGGAACGAGCAUCCCUGCUAGGGUUCCCGUGAGUGUUCCGGUGAGGGUUCCGUUUCCGAGUCUGCCGGCGAUCCCGAAUCCUACGAGCUACUAGUGGUAGUAGUACGUUUCCUUUAAUUAGUACUUCAAACCGCACCGUCGCCCCAUGUGUGCACUAACUGCCAGUGCCGGCCGUCUGCUCGUCCGACGGCUCAGAGCCAUUGAAUUCGACUCGGAGUCCGAGUCGAUCAUGGACGAUCCCAAUCCCCCUGUCACGAUCGCUAGGGUGUCGCAAACGCCUUCGUUAUGGUCGCAUUGCGACGCCCAUGCGACGCAAGCGAUGGCUCGCGACGUCAGGGCGGCGCAACUGGCGUCCUACGAAACGACCCCCCGGCGGUCGCCGCGGUCGGCGUGGUCGCGCUCGUUCAGCGACGCCCAGGCGACGCAAAAGACGGCCCCUCAGUCAUGGUCGUGGGCGCGGCCGUACGGCGACGCCCAGGCGACGCAGAUGGUGCGGUCGCGUUCGUUCAGCGACUUCCAGGCGACGGGAACGAAGCGGUCAUGGUCCUUAAGCGACGCCCAGGCGACAGGAACGAAGCAGUCAUGGCACCAAACCCAGCGGAGGUCGCCGCGGCCGCAACACGAGGGGCACGGGAGCAGCGAGCGACUCUCUGACUGGCUGGAAAACAGCCUUUUCUCCGCGAAGCACGGUGACAGUCAUGGCAGAGGCGCUGCUUCCCUUCCUUUCCUUCCUUCUGUUCCUGCCGCCCCUGCCGUCCCUGCGCCGCGGCACGAGAAGCAGCAGCGCGGGAGCAGCCGCACCGAGGGACUCUCGGACUGGCUGGAGAACAGCCUUUUCUCCGCGAAACACGGUGACAGCUGGGGCGUUUCUGCCGCUCCUGCCCCGCGGCACGAGCAGCAUGGCGGGAGCUGCGAGCGGCUCUCUGACUGGCUGGAAAACAGCCUUUUUCCCACGAACCGUGGCGUGGGCGUUUCUGCUGCUCCUGCUGUUUCUGCUGUUCCUGUCGUUCCUGCGCCGCGGCACGAGCAGCAGCAGCACGGGAGCAGUGAGCGGCUCUCUGACUGGCUGGAAAAGAGCCUUCUCCCCUCGAAACACGCCAGGGCCGCUCCUGCUGCUCCUGCUGCUCCUGCUGCUCCUCCCAUCCCUGCCGCUCUUGCCGUCCCCACCGUUCCAGCACCGCGCCGCCCGCCGCGUCACGGUUACAGCAGUGCUAUGAAUAGUAGGAGUCACCUUGUGACAGGGGCCAACACACGCCGGGGCGUUUCCCCAUCACCCCAUCCGCGUUAUAGUAGGACUCAGCGCAAUGGCCCAGUGGCAGCGGAAGAGGCAGAGGCUGCUGCUGCUGCUGCUGCUGCUGCUGCGCCAGGAGCUGCUGCUGCUGCUCCUGCUGCUGCUUUCGAGCGGAAGGGAGCUCUGAGUGCCAGUCCCAUCGCAUUCGGUACAAGUUGUGCUGUUCACCGGUUGCCAACUCCUGCCCCAAUCGGUUGCACUGAGCGUCGGCCCGCACCAAUCGAUUGCACUGAGCACCGGCCCGCCCCAAUUGGUUGCACUGAGCACCGGCCCGCCCCGAUUGGUUGCACUGAGCGCCGGUCGCUUUUGAGUCAACUCAAAACGCUCCUGGACGGCCCGGUGGCGGCGGUAGAGGCAGCAGAGGCCGCUGUUGCUACUGCUGCUGCUGCACCCGAGGGGAAGAGAACCCCGACUUCGAGACACAGUCCAAAUCCCCUCUCAAUCGGCUCCCCUGAGCAGCGCGGGGGAGAAACAGAACCUCGUGGGGAGAGGAAUGGAACCCCCGUUGCAGCCAUGGGUCGGAAUGGGCACCGGUUGCGCCAGGAGAGGAGUGCUGUUUCUGGGCAGUACAGUGCACCUCAGUGCAAUUUCAUCCCUCAGAAUCACGCUCUGUGGCACCAGCUGCAGCAGCUGCAGGCGAUGGGAGAUUUCGAGGCGUGUAAGGAGCCCUCUCUUUCCGAGAGGGAAGGAACCUCCGUUUCUCAGGAGCAGGCUUCGUGGGGCCAGUUGCAAGAGGUGCAGGAGGCGCAGGAGGUGCAGCAAGUGCCACAAGUGCCGCAAGUGCAGGAGUUCGCUGCUAACAGGAGGGAUGAGGCUCCUGGCUGUAAGAACCAGGGUCUGUGGGACAAGCUGCACGAAGUGCAGCUGUUGAUAGAGCUGCUCCAGCGGCACAAGUCGCAGGAGGUGCAGCAGUGGCAUGAGUCGCAGGAGCAGCCGGAGCAGCUGCAGAUGCUGUUUGAGCCGCACGGUCUGCAGCAGCGGCGUGCGUCGCAGGAGUCGCAGGAGCAACGGGAUCUGCAGAUGCUGCCUGAGCCGCAGGGUCUGCAGCAGUGGCGUGAGUCGCAUGAGUCGCAGGAGUCUCAGGAGCAGGGGGGUCUGCAGAUGCUAUCUGAGCCGCACAAGAUGGAAAUUUCUGAGGCGUCUCAGGAGUUUUCUUCCAGCAAGAAAGAAGAACCUUCCGUUUCUCAAAGCCAGGUUUCAUGGACCGACUUGCAGGAUCUGCAGAAUCAGCAAGAUCAGCAAGAUCUGCAGGAUCUGCAGGUGUUGUGUGAGCUGCAGGUGAUGGAAGACAUUGAGGCUUCAAAGGAGCUUACUUCGAGCAAGAGGAAUGAAACUCACUCUUCUCAAAGUCAGGCUUCGAGUGACCAGUUGCAGAACCCGCAGCAUCUGAAGCAGGUGCAGGAUCUGCAGAAUCUGGAUCUACAGGAUGUAGAGCAGCUGUUGGUUUUGCAGGAUCUGCAAGCGGCUCAGCAUCUCACAGACGGCAAGAGCCUCUGCGGCAAGGCUGCUGCAGGGGUAGAAGCUUCUGCAGAAGCUUCUACAGGAGAAAAUUCAAGUCCAGAGCUUGUUAUUGGGUUGGCGGAGGAUGGAUCCAUUGCUGUUGUGGCUAAAGGUGUGGAUAAGAGGAGACGGCUGGGGCAGACAGAGGAUGAGGCUCGCCUGGGGGCUGCAGGGCAUGAGGCUCACCCAGGGGCUGCAGGGAAUCAGAUGCUUAGUGCACCAGAAACAUCGGCGCCUGCAGAAGCAGCAGAGGGCGCAUGGCCACCAUAUGCGGAAGCUGCAGAGGGCUCAGGGCCACCAGCUGCAGAAUCGGCAACAGCAGCAUUGGCAGCAGCAGUGGUGGCGCCAGCACCUACCAGCAGGGUCGACAGGCUCAGCACGAGCUGCAGGAGCGGCAACACCACCAGCACGAGCAUGGUCGCCACAGGCUACAGGGGCGGCUGCCAGGGCGCCACUAUGGAGCUGGUUUAUCAGCAACACUACUUUGUUACAUGCAGUAGUGUAACUAUAUAACAUCAUAUCUAUGUUUCAGUGUAGCAAUGA